AUGCCCGCGAGUGCUCCGCCUUCCUCAUCCUCCUCGUCCUUCUCUUUGUCCUCAGCCGCCGGGUCAGCAGCAGCGACAACCGCGUCGGUCGAGAAGGCCUUCACGUUCUGGUUCGACCGCGAGGUGCGCUUCGAUGUUCCGGCGGAGGAGCUAGAGGUGCAGUCGGCGCGCGGCGAGACGCUGCUGUCGACGCUGCGCCCCGUCGAGGAUACGAAAGGUAACAACGGCGAGGAGGGUGUCUUCUUCGUGACAAACCUGCGCUGCAUGUGGCACAGCGCCCGCAACCGGCGCAAGAACCUCACCAUCGGCUACAACGGCGUGCAGGGCGUCGACGUGCGGCGGGCGACCUCGCGGCUGCGCGGCAACACCGAGGCGCUGUACAUAUCCGCCCGCUUCAGCUCCAGCCGCUUCGAGUUCGUCUUCACGCAUCUGGCGCAGAACCUCCGCCUCUUCGCCACUGUGCCGGCGGUGUGGCGCGCCUACGAGUCUAGCACGGUGUACCGCGAGCUGCGGCUGCGCAGCUCCGUCAUCCGCGACGGCGAGCUCGUGCUGCUGCCGGAAGAGCGGCUCUUCACGCGGCAGGGGGGCGUCAGCAACGUGAGCAACGACCAGGGAUACAUCGGCACGUUCUUUAUCACAAACGUGCGCAUUGCGUGGUGCGCCCAGCACGCGCCGAACCUCAACGUGUCGAUCCCGUACCUGCAUUUCAUCGGGCUGCACAUGCGGGCCACGAAGUUCGGCCGCGCUCUCGUCCUGGAGACGUCGCGCUUCGCAGGCAGCUACAUUCUCGGCUUCCGCAUCGACCCGAUGGCGCGGCUGCAGGAGCUGUUCAAGGAGUGCGUCGCGCUGUGGAAGGCCUGGACCGCACGUCCCAUUCUCGGCGUCGCUGUCGUGCUGCAGGACAUCCCACACGACGCGGGAGACGGCGACCCCGCCAGGAGAAGCACCAGAAACCACCACCACAGGGAUGGUGAUGAGCAGGAGCAGAAUCCGUCAGCACCGCAACCCAUGGCGCCGCAGCCCCGCGUCCUCGAUGGGGAGAACGUUGUGAAGGAAGUGGCGACAGACGCCUUCGCUGCAUACUACGUGGAUGUCGGCCAGAAGGGAGCGGACAGGCGGCCGGUGUUCAACACGUCGAUCGGCCUCGCCGUGGAGAAGCUUCGCGGAGGUGUGGCGCUGCGCGACUUGUGGGCAGUCACGACGUAG